AUGUAUAAGAAGAUAGAAAUAUUACAGACUUUGAAUCCGGUAGAGUGGUUAUCCAAAAGAAACAAAGUUUUAAUUAACUUCAUGACUGGAUUGGCCGGAAAUAGUUUUGACUUCAUUGACCAAAUAAACUCAACCGAUGCAUUUCUAUACUGUCGAGCAAUGGAAUACCUAUAUAACUUGAGAAAUAGAAAGCUAGUUGCUCCUUUUGCCUUUUUGGUAUCUCUAGAUGUGUAUACAAAAACUAGCAGCCGUGUAGCUAUAGAUGCCCUUGGUAAGAGUAGCCCUGGUGGAAGCUACAAAACAUUAAAGCAUUGGCUUUCUACAUAUGCUGAAACAGUCCCAAAAUGUCCGGAUGGUACACUCAUAACAGGUUUUGACAAUGAACAAGUAGUAGGUUACAAAAGAGGAUUAGGUGAAGGUUCAAAAUCCCUCACUUCUGUCAUAACAACUAUUGUUAAUACAACAAUGCACGACAAAGAAAACUCCACCGUACAACUCAACGAGAACUUCAAACCUAAAAAUUGGUUUUCAGUCAAUCACUUCGAUGAAAAGUUAAAAAAUGCUAAUUCCAAUGAAACGAAUUCAGAAAGGGUAAAAAGGAUCAAGACAGACAAAGAGCACUUUAUCAAAGAGGUUUCACAAAUUAGAGACAGCAGUCUUCCUCUAUUUACCACACUUGAGAAAAUUCAUUAUGACCAAAUGUACUUUUUUCUCUCUAAAGCCAUUAAAGAUGUACUGAACGAACAAGAAAACGCAAACGAUGAAAUCAUUGAUUACGUAGACAAGCAAGCACACCAAGAGAGUAGACAGAAAAACAUCAUUGUUUGCACUAGAUGUGGGACAGAAAAUCCCAAAAGAAAGCAGAUUUGCGAAAAUUGCCAAGAAAGAGAAGGCAUCAAAGAAGCCAAACAAGCACAACAAAGAACAAAAAAGAGUGACGAUGUAAGUAAAAGUGUUGGCUCAAAAGAAAUUUCUCUAAAUACACCGCUCGAAACCGCAACUGCUAUUUCGGGACACCAAAGAUUUGAGCACGUGCCAUCUAAUCAUAAAGAAUCAACCAAACUUGUGAUGGGUAGACCGGUUUUUUUAAACCCUAAUAGUAACGAGGCCGUUGCAUUGAUACUACGAAGCAUAGGCAUAAGCUCUGGAAUCAAACGAUAUGAGGGAAAUGGUAGUGCCAUUUGUAAGAUACAUGAUGAAACAAGGAGAAAUGCCGACACCAGAUAA